GAAAUGGCUCUCACGUGAGGGAGGCGGCAGCGCCCGGCUCACCCGGCCCGCUGCCCUGGGAGGAGGUGCCAGCGGGUCUGGGGCUGUCUGCGCCAUGCCGACGAGUUUCACGGUGGUGCCGGUGGAGGCGCAGGGCGAGGAGCGGGGACCGGCGGAGCGGGAUGGGCAGCUGCAGGAGGAAGAAGAUGAAGACGACGAGAGGGACCGGGGCACCGGGGAUGGGAUUGCCAGGGAAAGUCGUCCAUUUAUUAACAGUGCAGAAUUGAACAGAGGAAACACCUAUGAAGGAAAGAAUAUGGCUCUCUUUGAGGAAGAAAUGGAUAGUAAUCCCAUGGUGUCAUCUCUUCUGAAUAAACUAGCAAACUACACUAAUCUGACUCAAGGUGUGGUGGAACAUGAAGCAGAUGAAGACAGCAAGCGAAAGGAAGUCAAGGGUCCACGGAUGGGCACUUUUAUUGGUGUGUAUCUUCCCUGCUUGCAAAACAUCUUGGGAGUCAUCCUUUUCUUACGUUUAACAUGGAUUGUGGGAACAGCUGGAGUUCUUGAGUCUUUCAUCAUCGUGUUCAUGUGUUGUGCUUGUACUAUGUUAACUGCCAUUUCAAUGAGUGCGAUAGCAACAAAUGGUGUAGUCCCAGCUGGAGGCUCUUACUACAUGAUUUCAAGAUCUUUAGGGCCAGAGUUUGGUGGAGCAGUGGGACUUUGUUUCUAUUUGGGCACAACCUUUGCAGGAGCAAUGUACAUUCUUGGUACCAUCGAAAUUUUAUUGACCUACAUUUCUCCAAGUGCUGCUAUAUUUAAAGCAGAAGAGGUUGGUGAAGAAACAGAGGCUAUGCUAAACAACAUGAGAGUUUAUGGAACAUGUAUUAUCAUUCUUAUGGCCAUAGUAGUUUUUGUGGGAGUAAAGUAUGUCAACAAACUUGCUCUGGUCUUUCUUGCCUGUGUGAUUCUUUCCAUCAUUGCCAUAUAUGCUGGAGUUAUUAAGACUGCUUUUGACCCACCCGACUUUCCGAUCUGUCUCCUUGGAAACCGUACAUUAUCAAAACGCAGCUUUGAUGUCUGUGCCAAAUUUACUGAAAGCAAUAAUGAAACAAAGACUACACCUUUGUGGCGCCUCUUCUGUGAUAGCUCAUUGCUUAAUGCUACAUGUGAUGACUACUUUCGUCUCAAUAAUGUAACAGAAAUUCAAGGGAUUCCAGGAAUAAUGAGUGGAGUUCUAACUGAUAAUCUCUGGAGUACCUAUUCAGAAAAAGGAUCAAUAGUUGAGAAAAAAGACCAACCGUCCAUUGCCGGAUCAGAAGAGACAAAAAUGGGUGGACUCCCUUAUGUUUUUACAGACAUCAUGACCUACUUCACAAUGCUAGUCGGGAUUUAUUUCCCAUCUGUGACAGGUAUUAUGGCAGGUUCAAACAGAUCUGGAGACCUAAAGGAUGCUCAGAAAUCUAUUCCUACUGGAACAAUUUUGGCUAUUUCAACUACAUCUUUUAUUUAUCUCUCCUGUAUAGUGUUGUUUGGUGCCUGUAUAGAAGGUGUGAUAUUAAGAGAUAAGUAA